AUGACUUUUGUCACCGAGGUUGGCGUUCAUCAUUUCGUGGCAUGGCUCCUGUUAAUGUCAAGUGGAAUUUCAACGAAAGUAUUAGCUUCAGAGUAUCCAAAAAUUACGGAACAUCCGCUAGACGUCAUUGUACCUCGUCACGUUCCGGCAACACUCAACUGCAAAGCCGAAGGCAUCCCGACACCAACGAUCACAUGGUUUAAAGAUGGUGAACCGAUUAAAGUCGAACCGGGAUCCCAUAAAAUUCUCCUGCCCGCUGGGGGUUUAUUUUUUCUGAAGGUCGUGCACUCACGUCGUGAGACUGAUGCGGGUGUUUAUUGGUGCGAAGCGACGAACGAGCUCGGCGUUGCCAGAAGUCACAAUGCAACGCUUCAAGUAUCAGUGCUCCGGGAAGAGUUUCGUCUGGAACCACAAAAUACGCGGGUAGCACAGGGCGAAACGGUCCUACUAGAAUGUGGACCACCGAGAGGUUCACCGGAACCAACAGUGUUCUGGCGGAAAAACGGACAAACUUUAGAUCUCUCCAGCACCAAACGCAUCCGUAUCGUGGACGGUGGCAAUCUGGCGAUACAAGAUGCUCGCCAAUCAGACGACGGUCGUUAUCAGUGUGUGGCGAAGAAUGUGGUGGGAGCGCGCGAAUCCACCGUUGCCUUCCUGCGCGUACACGUUAAACCAUUUCUAAUACGUGGGCCCCAGGAUCAGACCGUAGUGGCCGGUAGCUCCGUAGUGUUUCAGUGUCGGGUCGGAGGAGAACCACUGCCAGAUGUUCUGUGGAGGCGAUCCGCUUCCGGAGGCAACAUGCCGCUUGAACGAGUGCGAGUGCUGGAGGACAGAAGCUUGCGGAUAGACGACAUCACAAUCGAAGAUAUGGGUGAAUAUAGCUGCGAGGCGGACAAUGCUGUCGGAUCUAUCACCGCAUCCGGUACAUUGGUGGUGCAUUCACCACCGAGCUUUCUGCUCCGGCCCAAAAAUCUGCUCAUCGAACCAGGAUCGGAAGCAUUGUUCGAAUGUCAGGCAACCGGACACCCAUAUCCAACGCUGUUCUGGUCGGUGGAAGGCAACCGUACGCUGCUGCUACCGGGAAGCCGGAUGGAUAAUUUAGAGGUUACACAAAAUGCGGACGGCACCAGUGUGCUCUCCAUUACGCAAAUCGGUCGCAUGGACAAUGGCAAAGUGAUCGUGUGCAGUGCCGUCAACAGCGUCGGCAGCCUAAGCACGCGUGUUGUGUUGAGCGUAAAUCUUCAAGAUGAUCGCCCGCCGCCACUGAUUCUACAGGGUCCAUGCAAUCAAACGUUGCCCAUCAAAUCCGUCGCAAUUCUACCGUGCAGGGCGAGUGGAGUUCCUGCGCCGGUGAUAUCGUGGUACAAGGAUGGGAUACCGGUGUUGGCCUCAGAAAAGAUAAACAUCACCGAAUCAGGGACACUGGCCAUCGCUGAGUUGAGCAAAAUCGACGACAGUGGACUGUAUACCUGUGUCGCUAGCAGCAAAUCUGGCAAAACAACCUGGAGUGCAUUGCUGCGGAUUGAUGUUCCAACCAAUCCCAACAUCAAAUUCUACCGCGCACCAGAAGCAUCGACCUUCCCCGGUUCACCUGGUAAGCCGCAGGUAACGAACAUAAACGAGAGUUCCGUCACGAUCUCGUGGGCGAGAAGUAGCAAAGUCGGUGCAUCAAGUCUGCUCGGAUACACGGUGGAGUUGUUUGGGCGUAACCAAACCGAAGGCUGGUUUCAGGUUGCAAAUCGUCUUCAAGAUAAUAACCACACCCAAACUGGACUAAGCGCUGGUGUGACGUACUAUUUCGUAGUGCGUGCCGAAAAUUCCCACGGCAUUUCAUUACCGAGUCCAAUUUCAGAACCUAUUCUGCUAGGAAUGAGUGACAGUUUUGGUGCAGGGAUCGAUAUGAGCGAAGCGCGAGCUAGUUUGCUUUCAGGAGAUGUGGUCGAGCUCGUAAAUGCUACCGCUAUCGAUUCCACCUCAAUUAAAUUGAUUUGGGAGAUUAUUAAUGGAAAGUACGUGGAAGGGUUUUACAUCUACUCACGCACCAUUAGCACCGAUCGCCCAUCGAACGGACAGUCAUACAAGAUGAUGACCGUUCUGAAUGCUGGUGCUUCGUCUUGUUCUGUGACGGGACUGGAGAAGUAUACGGAAUACGAGUUCUUUAUAGUACCGUUUUACAAAACAGUUGAAGGAAAACCGUCAAACUACCGACUAGCAAGAACUCUUGAGGAUGUUCCAUCUGAUCCACCAUACGGUAUGGAAGCAUUGCUUCUGAAUUCAUCUGCGGUUUACCUGAAGUGGAAAGCUCCGGCGGCAACGUCACAGAAUGGUAUUCUUCGCACUUACAACAUCAUUGUCCGUGGAGUUGACUUACGGACGAACUACUCGAAAGUGCUCAGCAAUGUCACGAUUGAGGCUAGCUCAUCGACCCUGUUGCUAGCGAACCUGACCGAAGGUGUUACGUACACGGUCAGUAUAGCCGCUGCUACAUCCGCCGGCAUGGGUCCUUUCAGCAAUCCUGCCACAUUGCGGCUCGAUCCAAUCACCAAGCAACUGGAUCAAACAUCUCAUCGAUAUCCGAUCAAUCAUAAUAACAUGGACGAUAUUUUGACACAGCCCUGGUUCAUCGCGAUACUAGGUUGCAUCUUAGUGCUCAUGAUGCUUUCGUUUGGUGCAAUGGUGUUCGUGAAACGUAAGCACAUGAUGAUGAAGCAGUCAGCGCUUACAGCUUUGCGUGCUCAUUCCGCAGGAGGUGUCGUUAAGAUUCCACGCAACGAUAGCCUUUGGAUGAAUCCAUCAGGCAUGAUGUGGGGUUAUCAGUCGACAGGAAGAAGUAAAGACCACAUACAGGAUUACGCUCCCGUAGGUGCGAGUACCACACUGCCGUUAGAACAACAACAUCAACAAACGAUUCUGCACGACAAUCGCAACCGCUAUGCUGAGUACACUGACUAUCCAAGCGAUUACGCUGAGGUAUCGUCCUUUAAUCCGGUACCACACGAGGGCACGAACCAUCUUACGGCGCGUAGUCAAAUAGGCGGUAGCAGGGCACCGAGCGAGUAUGGUUCAGGCGGAACUCGAUCGCCGGCACCUUACGCUACGACCACACUGAUUGGAAACUCGAGAUUUAUUACUGCUCCGGGUGGUGCAACCGGUAAUGAUAGUCACCUGCAUCACCUGUUACCAUCAACGGCAGCCGGUAAAAUGUAUUUCGACGGUGAUGCCUAUUCGGGCGGUUCGAUCACACGGGCACCGUCGGACAAUGACAGCGCGGGCUAUGGUCGAAACGCUUGUUCGGAAUCAUAUUUCAAUCCAAAAGAGAAAAUUAAUAUUACCGAGAACAAGCUGGCAUCUCAUACGAUGUCCUUGCUGGCGGCUAGUAAUGCAUCAGUGGGCGGUGGAUAUCAUCACCUAGUGCCGAGCCAGAACGGAAGUUCAAACGGUCAAAGCAGCGGUGCCAACAGUGCCUGCAGUGCUAGCAGUGGUAGCAGUAACAGCAGCAACGGUACCGACGGUGGAAUUAUCGAAGGUCGACACGGUGGGUCCUCCCAACCGCUUCCUGCUGCCUCGACCCAGACGGUUAGGGCGCUGAGAAAUGGUUCCAAUAAAACUCGUUUCAAACUCUCCCGAACACCGAUCGUAAGCAGUUUGCGGUCCUCGUCGAAGCACGAUACGAGGUCCAGUGAACAUGGUAAUCUGGACAUCCACCAGCAGGAGCAGCAGAAGAAAAUGUCCUCGCUCAACAAUUUGGGACAAAAGCAGCAGUUCUACAUAAAAGUAGGCGACACGGGAAUAGCGGGCAGUACAAACAGUUGGAACCACGCCACAGCAAGCGCAAUGGCCAUGCCUAACCUGUACCAAAAUGCUCACGCCACGAUGCCGCUCGGUACUACCCACAUCGGCGAUGUGGUUGUCUACCUGCCCACCGGAAACCGCAGCGUCAUUAGCUAUCGUGCCGGUUCAGUCGUGGGGGACGAUGUGUGA